GGAGGGAAGGGGGGAGGGAAGGGGGAGGCGCUGCGCUGGAGCCGUUGGCGCCGGGCCCGGCAGGCCGCACCUCCACCACUGCCCCCGCCAGACCGGCCUCUGCCUCCCUGUCUCCUUGUCUCGUCCUUCCUUCCUUCCCCAGACCCCGGCCCGGCCCCGCAGGUACCGAGGAUAGAUGGCGGGACGUUAUUCCUACCUGCAACUUUCCAGUAGCACUCUGGCUUGCGGUUCCAGAUUUUACUCUCCAUCUUUGAAUCUGUAGAAAGGAAACGUAUCAUGACUAGGAGGAGUCGUGUUUCAUUUGGGGAGGUUAGGAAGAGGAAGAGUCUCCUGUGAGGAGUGACGAUGCCUCCCAAAUUUAAGCGUCACCUAAACGAUGAUGACGUCACUGGUUCUGUAAAAAGUGAAAGGAGAAACCUCUUGGAAGAAGAUUCAGAUGAAGAGGAGGACUUUUUCUUAAGGGGCCCAACAGGACCAAGAUUUGGACCGAGGAAUGAUAAAAUCAGGCAUGUCCAGAACCAAGUGGAUGAAGUCAUUGAUGUCAUGCAAGAAAACAUUACCAAGGUGAUUGAAAGAGGAGAGCGAUUGGAUGAGCUACAAGACAAGUCAGAUAGUUUGUCGGAUAACGCAUCAGCUUUUAGCAAUAGAGCCAAACAGCUUCGAAGACAAAUGUGGUGGCGUGGCUGCAAAAUGAAGGCCAUCAUGGCAUUGGUUGUGAUUAUCCUUUUGCUAGUGAUCAUCAUUCCCCUAGUCCUGAAAUAUCGUACUUGAUUUGUGACCAGAGACCUCCAUUAAAGCAAUCCCGGGACAAUACACACACAAAAAUUGCUGCAUAAUUUAAAUGAAACCUCUGUAUAUAACUUUCAGAGAUCUUUUUUCAAGAAGGAAAAAAGAGGCAAGUAUCUAGGUCAAAGCAGAACAUUGCAACCUCCCAGAUUACCUCCUCUUCCUAACCUGACAAAAUAUGCUAUCAGUCAUGAAAACACAAUUCCUUUGCCACUGUGCCAUUCUCCUAAGAUCUUGUGCAGCUAGAUACUUGCUAAUUCAUUUAUUUGUAUAUAUAGCCGAAGCAUUAAUGUUAUUUAUAUUGUACCAAGUUUCCUAUUUGUGUAAAGUAAGCCAAUUAAAUUGUUUCUUUAAGGUGGGAGUGGGAGAGAAGCAGCCGCCGAAAAUAGCUGAAUCAGUAUGUUAAAGAGGACGUUGACCUUUUGGUAAAUAAUUGCGGGGGUGUAAUUUCAUGUUUAAAAUUAGGUUUUGCCAAUAAAUUGAGGGUACGUGGAGCUAAAUGUUUUCACUAUGGCUUCGUACAUUUAUGACAAGACAUUCCACUGACCUGUUUUUAAAAGGAUGUGUGGCAUUCAUGGCAUAUUUUUGACUAAGAGGGUAAAUGAGGAAGAACGGUCCAACAAGGUGUGAGUGAUGUCGAUCAGUCAUGCCACUGGAUGGAGUAGUGGAGAAGGUCCUAAGGAGUGUUUGACCAGGGAAGGCCCGCCAGGUUUGCAGCUUCCUCUGUUGGACUCCUAACUUUUUACCCUAGUGAAGAUGGGAGCAGGAGUAAAUUCAGAAAACUACCCCCCCCCCCCAAUCUCAAUGCUAGGCACCAGUCUCAACUCCGUAAAUUUACGAUUUGCAACUUUUCUCGAUCAUCCUGUGGUAGAAGUGCAGUGAGCUGACCAAAAGUCAGGACCUGGAAAAAUCCCUUAAUAAUAAGAACUGGCAGGCCUCUUAGGGGUUCAGUAGUCCUCAUGCUGUGUUUAGUAUGAAAAAAGACAGGUGAUAAACUGUUGCUAUUCUUUUUCAAGCUCUCUUUCAAAUGUAUCCACUUCACAUAGGGCAAAAUGAGCUGCGUAUGUUGACCGACACUAGGGACAGGUAAUUUAAAUAGUAUUUAUUGAGUGCCUACUGUGUGCAGAGCACUGUGCUUAACCCUUGGGAGAGUGCAAUGAUCUCAGAUCGUAAAUCUAAACUGGGAUAUAGGAUGGAAACAAAAGUGUGGAAAUUAAAUGAUGAACUCCAGAAUCAGUAUUAUAUAGGCCCAAUCUUAGGGGCUGAGCAGAUGUGGGUUUAGAGUGAGAGAAAUUUGAAGAAAGUAAAAUCGAGUUUAGGUCAUUUAAAGCAACUGGCAAAUCAUAAGUGUGUUAACUAUGUUUGCUGUUGCUAAAAGCAACUGAGGUCUUUACCAGGUUGGAGUAGUAUUGUGGAAGCUUUGGACGAGCAGUCCCAAAGCUAGGUGUAUAUGUGACUGAAAUGAUCAGAUGCAGACAGUAGUUCAUUUUCCAUAUUUCAGGGGCUAAUUGGUUCAGCCCUGUGCAUCAGUUAGAAUGGAUGUGUACUCAUUUGGGUUUCCCUUCUGUACCAAGUUCACGUUGUGGAGCUGUCCUCUGGAAGCAUCCCAUGGAUUGAUCCAGGGGCCAGUAGUGAAUUUUUCACUGGAUCCUAGAACAAUCGGGGCCAUCCGGGACACACGUUAGUGAAAGUGAAGAUUCCCUAUCGGAUUGUUUGUUAUAGUGUUACAUUCAUGGGGAAAGUGUUAUUACUUUUUAAAAUAAAUGUUACUGAAUGAAAUAAAGGAAAUGUUUAUAUGAUUUA